UUCCUCUCCGGGUGGGCGGGGCCGGGCCCGGGGGCCGCUGGGAGCUCCGGGCCGGCGGGGCGGAGGUUAGGGGGCCCGGACCGAGGCGUGCGGGGUGGGCCGCAGAUGUCAUGUGGCCUGUGUUUUGGACGGUGGUGCGGACCUAUGCCCCUUAUGUCACGUUUCCUGUGGCCUUCGUGGUCGGGGCUGUAGGCUACCACCUGGAAUGGUUCAUCCGGGGAAAGGCGCCACAGCCCGCCGAGGAGGAGAAGAGCAUCUCGGAGCGCCGUGAGGAGCGCAAGCUGGAUGAGCUGCUCGGCAAGGACCACACGCAGGUGGUGAGCCUCAAGGACAAGCUGGAGUUUGCCCCGAAAGCCGUCCUGAACAGAAACCGCCCAGAGAAGAACUGAUGUGAUGGAGGAAGCAAGCCCUGCGGUCCUCCCAGAGGCCGGACUGGCCCGCCACCCUGUCGGCCCAGGCCCUGCAGCUCACCUGCUCUGCUGCUUACUCUGGCCCCGUCUGCACCCACACUGCUCCCUUCUGGGCAGACUGAUUCUUGGGGGAUGUGGUCCAAAGACUGCACCUGUUGUCUGGGGGCCACUAGCUCUCAGGCUGUGAGCCGAGAGGUGUGCUGAUGGGAGGAGGGUGUGACACGCAGAGGCCGGCAGUGUCCCUGGAGGGGCCGCCUGGACUCCAGGGCAGUGGCUGGGAUCUGGCUGUGGC